AUGGCUGACAGCGAGAUGAAGUGCCUGAAGUGCUUUGUGGAAGUGUCAUUGGAGACUUCGCAUGCCUCUGGCCGGAAUGCACUUCGUCGAGUGUGCUUGGAUUGCUCCAACACGGAUCGGUGGCUUCAGAGGUGCAAAAAAACAAAGGGCAAAAGCAAUGAGACACCCAAGGAGAAAGAACUCCGGGAGAAUGCGGAGAAGGUUUCGGCCAGCCUAGGGAAGAUGACGGCAGAGGAAAAGGCCGAAUGGUACAAGAAGCAAGCCGCCGAGCGGCAAGCCGAGGGCCCUCGCCGCCGGACCUUCGAGACUGCUGUGGGAACAUUGACAGAGGAGAGGACACGACACCAGAAGUCUGAAGACGUGGACAAGUGGUGGAGGUUCAAGGAUUGGGCAGCCAGGGAGAUCCUGGUAACAGGGUGCAAGCAUACCGAUGUGAAGAGGCUUUGGGACUUGGAGUUGCAGAAGCCCGGUGCCAUCACAAAGGUUCAACGCGGAGAGACCCUCUUGAAGGAUUGGGCCGGCCAGGAGGAUCGCUUGGGGUCGUCGCACUCCGUGAGCGCCGGCAUGAAGCAGAGAAUGGACUUGCACCGCAGCGAGGACCUGUCCAGAUUCCAGGACCAGUCGAGCAGUCGCCUGGAGCGAGGCGAGUCGUUGCUGGAAGCUGACAGGCUGCUGAACCAUUCGAACAACACAAACCAGGAAAGUCAGCUUCUGCGUGUCCAGGAGGAUAUGGAAGAAGCAGCAAAGGUGCGAAAGGAGCAAGAGCAGAGGCUCUACGAGGAGGCGGAAAAGGCGGAGGAGCAGCGGAAGGCCAGGCAGCAGAAGCCUGUGAAGCUCAACUCGGCCAGCCUGGAGCACCUGCAGUUUGAGCAGUCCAUCGAGAGGGGUGUCACGUCCAUGGACUCCUAUCUGAGGAAGCUGAAGAACAGCUUCUCGGGGCUGGUGGCCGAGGUGAAAGAAGCUGGUGUGGAAGGCUGUCCGAACGGGAAAGCGGAGCUGGCUGAGAAGCAGGAGAAGUUCAAGCAGCUGGCCGAGAACAUGGAGUGCUUCAUCCGGCAGAAAGAGCACUGGCAAGCGGAGAAGGACAAGAGCCCGCCGGAGGAAUUGGAGAAUGCCGCCCAGCACUGGAACCAGCUCUACAUGGACGUGUGCAGGCAGGUGAAGAACUUGGCCACGGCCGAGAGGGCCACCUGCUUGAAGACAUUCAUGGCGCAGACUCGAAAGUGGGUGAGUGAGUUCAAGAAGAGAAAUGGAAAGCUUGCCGGGAAGAAGGCGGCUGCGAGCGCCAAAGCGGCUGCUGUUGCUGCUGGGAGCAAGCAGCCCAUCAGCUCUGGCCCGCCAAGUGGCACCGACACCCAGAUGGGGGCAGACUUGCUGAAGUCCGUGACGGGGGCAAAAGCUGCUGGACAGGACAUGGGCGAGGUUUUCAAUUUGUCCUCACCCUGCUUCAACAUCAUGGACUGGUUGUGUGGCAAGCAUCCGAACUCCUGCCUCAAGAUCAUGGCCGCUCAGACCAAAUCCUUAAGGGAUGAGUGGCUUGCCAUGCCGUAUUACGGUCAGCAGAAGGAAUGGGUCCAGGAGCUGUGGAAGAAGGACAAGAAGAAGGUCGAAGUGUCCUUGGCGUUGGUGGCAAAGCCAGCCUUGGCUGGCAAGAUUGACAGGGCUUGGACAGGCCUCUUGGGGACAUCAGCAGCUGCCGAAUGCCUGGACAUCACCACGGAUGCGGACCUGCAGGAAGUGUUCCAGCCUUGCUACUGGUCAUUUGGAAAGGGAAUGAGCAAGCUGUUCUACAGCACCGACUACGGCCUGACAGAGUUAAAGAUGGUCUUGGAGGGCAGCGCUUUUUUCAUGGGAAGACGGCCUUCCAUCGCGAUGGACAAGGGCGUGCAAGCCAGAGUGAUCUCUGGUGGAUGGACCCAGCGGAUCGCGUUCUUCAAGAGCUUCAGCGUGAGGCCCACGUUCGUGCUUCUGCCCGCCUGCAGUGCCCGGAGUGUUGAAUUGAUGCCUUGGGAGAAGCCACCUUUCAAGGGCGUUUUUGAAGUGCAAACAUCAGUCCUUCGCAAGGCUCGUCUCGAACCAGGGGUCAAGCAGUCAUUGGACAGGGAAGCAGUUGUGCGGCGAUGGUUGUGUGUGUUGUUGCAUGAUACCAGUGCAUCUUCAAUGGGCCAGAUGCUUGCGGGGAGUGCGUGUGAUGGUGCCGAGCUUGUGUCUGAGACGUUCGAGGGCAAGGCAACAAGUACUCUUCUGAAAAGAGUCCGCUGCAUCGGGAAAUACGUGCAUUGGGCGUCGGACAAUGGGUGCGAUGCUUUCCCCUUCUCAAUUGAGAAGAUCCGGAGUUACCUCAAGGAUGCUAUUUCGGGUAACAAGAAGAGUGCCAUCCGGGAUUUUGCAAGCUCCUUGAAUUUUUGUCGCUUUGUGUUGGGGUUUCAGGUGAGUGAUGAUGUGACUUCACACCCAUGGUUCAAAGGGACGAUGAGAUUUGCCAACAUCCGGCUCCGGGAUGCCCACCGAUCACGGACCUUGACUGUGAAGGAGGUGAAGCAUCUUGAAGAGGCCUUGAUCGGGGGCCGUUUGGACCGUUUUGAUCGAUAUGCGCUCGGAGUUAUGUUGUUUCAGCUGUAUGCUCGAGCCCGAGUGUCUGAUUUGCGUAAUCUGUUCAAGGUUUACCUGGACAUAACCGGGGCAGAAGGGUAUAUCGAAGCACAUACGUACGAGCACAAGAGCCGUCGCAUCACCAGUGGACCCAGUGCUGUCCUCAUCCUGGUGGCUCCGAUCCAGGGGCUCGCCUCCCAGCCUUGGGGGCUUGCUUUUGUUCAGGCUGCCAAAGAUGUUGGGUUUGACUUUGAGAAAGGUUUCAGAGGCCCGAUGUUGCCCCGUUUUGCCAGCGAUUACACUUGGUCAGGGGACGCGGUGGAUGCUGCUGAAACCACAAGGUGGCUGAAUGGCAUCCUCAAGGCGCUGAUGGGCGAAGUCCUUGAUGGCCUAACGAGCCAUGGCCUGAAAGCCACAACACUUUCGUGGGUGACAAAGGCAAAUUACGGGGACCGUACCAUCCUCGUUCUUGGCCAUCACUCACUGGGGGCUAGGGGCAAAACUUCCGAAGCAUAUGGUCGCGAUGUGCAGGCGGGACCGUUGAGAGACUUGUGUGCAUGCUUGAAAUCGAUCAGAGUGGGGGUCUUCCUUCCAGACUUGACCCGCAGUGGCAUGAUCAGGGAGCACGCUGAGUCGCCUGAUGAGUUCCCGAGUGGUUUUGCUUCUCGCCCCCCUUUCCAGCCGGCCUUUGCACCGUCCUUCAGUGUUGCUGGCCCUGCAAAUGACACGGCGCCCGACGAGGCAGCACCUUCUGAAGGGGGGGCUUCAGCGUUAAGUUUGGAUCGAGCUCCCGGUUUCCAGGAAGGUGAGACUGAGGUUGCCAGGGAGGCCGAGGAAGAUGCAGUCUUCGGUGGCGUGAGCCCAGAUCGUGUAUGUGAGUCAGGUUCCUUGGAGUCUUCUAGCGACAGUGAAUCCUCGGGCUCAUCCGACGAGCCGGUUGAUUAUGAUGGCUUCCUCCGAGGCUUCGAGGUGCAGGCUCCGCGUGCAACCAUAGGGGUAGACCUGGAUCUCUUCCAGAACCCUAAGACCAAAUCAAUCCACGCAAGGGCCCGAGGUGCGACAACCGACAGCAAGAUGCUUUGCGGUCGGCCGGCAAAAGGUUUUGUUCCCUUCUCUGGAAGAGUGCACAGCAAGCAUUGGAAGUGCAAGCAGUGUACGAUGGCUAAGCCCAUCCGAGACACUGGCUCGCUUUUGCAUCACCUGGACAGGCGCCUCGAGAGGAUUGUAGCUCGUGGUUCGAUCACGGCUGCAGAGUUUGUAGUGGGGUUGCCAGAUGAUGCAUUGCAACGGCUGCUUGACCAGGGCGUCGACACUCUGGCCAAACUGGCGUUUGCCCCUGGUCAUCCCGGGGAGUCCCCCAGUGACGAGAAACUCAAGGCCUUAGUUGCUCCAGUAGCUGUCCCCGGGGGUGCAGGAGGUGCCGAGCCCUCUCUUGGUACCGUCGCCGCGGUACGCAGGUUAGUCUUCGAAGCACAAACUUUGGUCGUCAAUGAGACCAAGUGCCUAGUUGAGAAUAAAGAAGAGCAGCCAAAAGAAUUGCCUCCAGCCGAACGGCGUGAUCGCCUGCAGAAACAAGCUGCCCGCCUUGCAGGUGUUGACUUGUCUGGUGUCAACGAGUGCUCGCAUGCAAGCUAUGACCUUUGCCUGAAGCUGAUUUCUGACAACUGUGUCUCGUAUCUUCAGCCUUCGAAGUUUACCUGCCGGCAGGCGGAACUGCGUAUGGAUAAGCCCCGCAAGGAACUUGAUGUCGCGGCCCCGGGCUCUUCCUCUUCCGUGCUCCUUAUCAAGGACCGCGCUGCAGAGCAGCAUUGCGACGUGACGCAUGCCCUUGAUCUGUUCCAGGCCCUGCAUCGUCGCGCGUUGGCCAUGGACCUUGUUGGCCUUAGCACGUAUGCUCGCGUGCAAGAGUGGAACUCUUUUCUUAUGAACCACCUACAGCAGCCUGUCCUGGCGGGAUACCGCAGCCCCACUGUUCAGCAACUCCUUCACGCUGAUAGAGCUGCCUGGGUCCGUUUGUCCGAGUUAACCCCAGCCGGGGUGCGUCGCAAGGCUACCGGUGAAUUGCCGUUGGAUAGCCUCUGGGCUGAUUUGCAGAAGGACCCGCGCGUAGUCUUUCACCUUUUGCCGCUUCCUGACUCUUCGGGCAAGCAUCCUGCGCCCGCCCCGCCGGGCGUUCCUGCUGCUGUGCCUGCUGGCUUGUUGCCGGUGGAGGUGUUGCCUGCCCGGCCUGAUGUUCCCCUUUCAGAAAGUGCAGCUCACCCUGGCGGUAGCAAGCAGCUGACUGUUUUCCAUGCUCUUGAAGUGUUUGCGGGCAGCGCUCGUCUCACUGUGGCCCUUCGUGCCGUGGGCUUGCAAGAUUCCUGUGGCGUCGAUCAUCGGAUCCCCAGGCAUUGCCCUUGUCCCAUGGUCAAACUUGAUCUCACUCGUGAUUUUGAUGUACAGCUUUUGCAUGAUAUGAUCGACAACCCUUUUUGUCUUUAUGUGCAUUUUGCACCACCGUGUGGCACGAGCUCCCGUGCUCGCCUGAUCCAAGAGACCGAUCACGAUCCCGAACCGUGUCGGGAUGAUACCUUUCCUGAUGGCCUACCCGGGCUUCCUGACCGUUUGGCUCAACGUGUGGCUGCGGCCAACCGCCUCUAUGGCGUGACCGCUGCAGCCCUGAAACGGGCGGUUCUUGCCGGCAAGCUUGUCAGCUGCGAGAAUCCACUGAAUUCUUUCAUGUGGCAGACCACUGCGUGGCGUCAGGGCACCUCCGGUUUGUCCUUGCGGGAAGCUGUGUUUGACCAUUGUUGCUACGGGGCAUUCCGCUAUGCUACUAGUGAGGAGACCGCUUACCCGCUCGGGUUGUGCAAGGCGGUCGCCGCACUCCUGCUUGAGGAGCUCUGCCAGCGUGGGUUCCAGCUGCCUGCUCGUUCCCUGUCAGAUGAGGUUCGGCAGCAACAUAGAGCGGCCCAGGUCAGUCUCGGCUCCCAGCCCCGUGGCAAGAAGGUUGCUCCUAUGGUCGCUGAGUUCCGUGAUGUGGUCGUUGUGACAUCUGACCAUGACUUCUUGCCUGCUUCAGCCAAGCUGCCCGUGGCCGUGCCUGUUCCGCCCUCAGCCUCGUGUGACCCGCCUUUGCCAGAGCUGCCCAUGGGUUCUCGUAUAUUGCGUCGUGUUGCACUUGGGGGUGGAGAGACGCCGCGUUCUGGACCUUCAUCCCAGCCAAGCAGUAGGAAUCAGGGAAACCCGAACUGCCCCGUCGAGCAGUUCGCCUCUGUGUGCCUUCAACAGAAAACUAUCUUGGCUGAUGAUGUAACUCAGCUGUUCCAGCUCUUGAAGUCGGAUCGCUUGGCCAGACGUGCUGGCCUGGAUGAUGAGUUUUCGUGGUCCACAGGGGCCUAUGCACAGGAUCCGAACGUGCCUGACUUGAUGGGCUGUGAGCUGAAGUUCGAGUCCAACCGGUUUAGGACGUGGGUUGGAGUACCGUGGACGUGCGAUGAAUUCAUCGAGCAAGCGCUUGAGGCUAAGCACCCGCGUCUUAUGAGCUCGGGAGUUCCACCUGAGUUGCAACAAACGAUUGACUUCUUGGCGUCGGAGGGCAUGCACACUGUUGGUGCCAGUAGGACUGAAGCUUUACGUCAGUGGCUGGGGCGAGCCGCAGAGCUCGACGAGCAAGAACGUGUGUAUAAGGAGACACUGCCCAAGCACUGUGCAAAAACCUUGAGCAAGAAAAGGCUGCUUCUUUUCGGCGAGAUGAUUGAGGCUGCCGGCCACAAUGAUCCGUCGUUGGUUGCGGAUAUGUCUAAGGGUUUUGCUUUAGGAGGCCCGAUCCCCUACUGCCCUGAGUUCCGCGCUAAGCGUACAGCUGCCACCAUGGCGGUCGAUGACCUGCGAGGGUCAGCACAACGAAUGCGGAAGGGCAUCCUAAACUCCACCAAGAGCUCAGGAGAUGAUGUGGUGGAUGCUGAGACUUACCGAGUCACCUUGGACGAGGUGGAGCGGGGGUGGCUGGACGGGCCGCUGAAAGAGAGCGACUUGGGGGCCAGCUCUUUGUUGACCAGGCGCUUUGGCGUUGUGCAGAAUAAUAAAACACGGCCCAUCGAUAACUACCUUGAAAGUGGUUUGAAUGCCACAUCUUCAUCGUACGACACAAUCACCGUGCACACCGCCGACUGCAUAGCAUCAGGUUUGGCCCGUCGACUGAGGGCCGAUGCAAAGUGCAGGUUGCACCAACUUCUCUUGAAGUCCUGGGACCUUCACAAGGCCUACAAAAACCUUCCACUAUCCCUGGAGGCGCUAGAGGUUCUUCCGUUUGGAUCACGGCACAGUGUGCACGCAUUUUGCCGGGUGUCACUAGGGAUAUGGAAAGUCCUUGUAGUGCUGUUCUUGUGCCACAUCAACGUUUAUUUUGACGACUUUGUGGGUGUGGAGCUGGCUCCUCUGGCCCGCCUCUUCGACAUUGGUGUUUGCCUAGUAUUCCGCUUGUUGGGGUGGGAUGUCGCCGAAGACAAAGAAUCUGUGUUCGACUCCUGUGCAAAAGUGUUGGGGUUGAAGUUCGACUUGUCUGAGUCCCGUCUCGGACGUAUCACUCUGUGUAACACGGAGUCGAGGCGAGACGAGAUCUUCGAGGCCUUGUCCGACAUCCUUUCGUCUGGUUACCUCACGCAAAAGGAUGGCGAGCGCAUCAGGGGCCGACUCCAGUUUGCUGAAAACCAGAUAGCUGGAAAGGUUGCUGGAACAGCCUACAAACAACUGUCGCGGUUUGUGCAACGAGGGGGAGGACACCUGGAUGAGUGCACCAGGGUAGCCCUACUAAGGUUGCGCGAUCGAGUCAACUUCUCACCGCCCAGGGUGAUCUGCGCCAACAUCUUGACUACCAUGCAUCUUUAUGUCGAUGCCUCUUGUGAGGGUGAUAACGUAGGCUUGGGUGGUGUUCUUGUUAAUGAAGUGGGUUCGAAGAUGGGCUUUUUCAGUGACCGCGCGUCUGAGCAUGUGAGACGUCGCAUGAAUCCUGAGAGCGGCAACCCCAUUUUCGAGUACGAAUGCUUAGCCAUCCUUGUCGGACUCAGGUUGUGGGCUCCGCUCAUUCGCAGUACCAACCUCGUUGUGUUUACUGACAACGAGGGUGCCCUGGCCUGUAUGGUUGCCGGAAUUUCAAGCAACAAGUAUGGAGAAGCUAUUGCUCAGCAUGUUCAUGUGCUGUGUGACGAGCUUGGGCUUAACAUCUGGUUUGAACGCGUGAACACCUGCUCAAACGUGGCAGAUGCCCCCUCACGCGGCUCUAAAGAUCCGGAGCUGGGCAAAGAAUUCACGAUCGAUCUUGAUACACUCGUUGAUCACGCCUUUGAGUCUUGGGGGUUGUGA